GCCGCGUCACUGCUGCGCGCCACGGGUCCGGGCGUGAUGGCGGCGCUGGGCGGGGACGGGCUGCGUCUACUGUCGGUGUCGCGGCCGGAGCGGCAGCCCGAGUCAGCCGCGCUGAGCGGCCCGGGCCCGGGGCUGUGCUGCUGGGUGUCCGUGUUCUCCUGCUUCAGCCUCGCCUGCUCCUACGUGGGCAGCCUCUACGUGUGGAAGAGCGAGCUGCCCAGGGACCACCCUGCCGUCAUCAAGCGGCGUUUCACCAGUGUCCUGGUAGUCUCCAGUCUCUCCCCUCUUUGCGUGCUACUCUGGAGGGAACUCACGGGCAUCCAGCCAGGCACAUCACUGCUCACCUUGAUGGGCUUCAGGCUGGAGGGCAUUUUCCCAGCAGCUCUGCUGCCCCUGCUGCUAACUAUGAUCCUUUUCCUGGGUCCACUGAUGCAGCUCUCUAUGGAUUGCCCGUGUGACCUGACAGAUGGGCUGAAGGUUGUCCUGGCCCCCCGUUCUUGGGCCCGCUGCCUCACAGACAUGCGCUGGCUACGAAACCAAGUCAUCGCACCCUUGACAGAGGAACUGGUAUUCCGGGCUUGUAUGCUGCCCAUGCUAGCACCAUGCACAGGUCUGGGCCCUGCUGUGUUUACCUGCCCACUUUUUUUUGGAGUUGCCCAUUUUCACCACAUUAUUGAGCAGCUGCGCUUCCGCCAAAGCAGUGUGGGGAGUAUCUUCUUGUCUGCAGCGUUCCAGUUCUCCUACACAGCUGUCUUCGGUGCUUACACGGCUUUCCUCUUCAUCCGCACAGGACACCUGAUAGGCCCGGUUCUCUGCCAUUCUUUCUGCAACUACAUGGGUUUCCCUGCUGUGUGUGCAGCCCUGGAGCAUCCACAGAAGUGGCCAUUGCUGGCAGGCUAUGCCCUUGGCGUGGGACUCUUCCUGCUUUUGCUUCAGCCCCUGACAGACCCCAAGCUCUAUGGCAGCCUUCCCCUCUGCGUGCUUUUGGAACGAACGGGGGCCUCAGAGACCUUACUGUGCUCCUGACCGUCACUCUUGUGUGCACUCAUGUGAACUCUGACGGGCUCUCCAGCUCCUCCUUGUCAAGGAAUACUGCAAGGGAGGGGCUGGCUGGGGUCCCCGAGAUCUCAGGAAUUUUUGUAGGGGAUUGAAGCCAGAGCUAGUUGAAUCCCAGGGACCAAGAGAAAGUUGCAGAUAUCCAAAGGGCGCAGCCCCUUUCAAAGGGGGAUUGAGCAGCAGGAAGUGGGGGGACAAGGGCAGACCCUAGGAGCUGUGCACUCCCUUUCUGGACUGCUGCUUCUCCAGCUCCUUUGCUGCCCACCCCCUUCUGAAAAGCUGCUCCAGUGGGUUUAUUUAUAAAACCCCUCCUCCCAACUUCCAGGGUUUUCUCAUUGUCUUUUUGCAUCAAGACUUUGUAUUGGGAUAUUAAAGAGAUUUAACUUGG